AUGACAAUUCCUAUUUUACCAGCAGAACUCAUUGAUGAAAUUCUCUCGAGGACUUCCGGUGAAAUCCCUCUUGAAAUUCAGAAUGUCCUAUUAAAUCUUUAUUUUAUUGACUCUGUUACUGUGGCUGUUGAAUUGGAUUUUCCCAUUGAAAACGGCAUUCAUGGGCUCUAUGUUAAGGGUUUUUGCAAUGGAUUGGUUUAUCUUGCCGAUAAUUACUUAGAUUAUUCUCGUUUAUGGAACCCAACUACUAGAAAGCACAAGAAUUUGCCUUUUUUUAGACCUAGAGUGAGAAAUCCCGGGCCCAUACUUGGUUUUGGAUAUGAUGAGCUCCAUGAUGAUUAUAAGGUAGUGAUUAUUGAUUAUAAUUAUAGUAUUUUCAGUAGAGAUGACAUUGAGGUAAAAGUAUAUAGUCUAAAGAGUGUUUCUUGGACUAAUGUUGAUUAUUGUAUUUGUGAUGAGGACACAUUCCUUGUCAAAAAAAGUUCUGGUUAUUGCGGGGAGACAUUAAUUGAUAAUGGUUCUUUUGUGGAUGGGAAGCUUCAUUGGAGUACUUCUUCUUCUAUUCCUGGUCCUGAUCCUAAUGUGAAUAAAGGCAAGUACAUUAUUGCUUUUGAUUUAGCUAAUGAGAACUGGGAAAAGGUGGAGAAGCCCUCCUUUGGAGAAGGAGAGGUUGAAUUGCGUGUUCGAAAGCUGAGAAGUGAUCUUUCUGUCUUUAGCGAUUACAAGACAACUCAUAUAGGUGCUUGGGUUAUGAAAGAGUAUGGGGUUAAAGAAUCUUGGACAAAGUUGUUUACCAUCAGGUAUCCAAAGGAUCCAGAAUGGUUACCAAACUUUUUCAUGUCAACUAAUGGUGAAAUAUUGUCAUUGUCUGGAACAACUUCCCUAAUAUACAAUUCAAAAGAUGACAUUCCGAUAUUCAAAUGUUAUUAA